ACAAAUAAUUAGUAAAUUAAUUUUGAAUUUUUACGUUAAUGUCUGACAUCCACGACACUCCACCAAUCGGAUCUCACUAAAUUCUUGGUGUUUCGAGUAUAACGUCAUCAUGCAAUCGUGUUUUUUGGAAGUUUAACAAUCAUAGGUAGUUAAUAUGGUUAAAGUAAGGUUAGGGUGUGGGAUAUCCACGCCCAUGGAUCUGACUCGAAACACCAAGGAUUUAGUGAGAGCCACCUCGAUGACACCUUUCAGAAAUGUUACGUCCGCCUUGCUCUGAUGUCAUUCUGACGUGUGCAAAACAAACUCUCGCGACGGAGAAAUAUGGAAGGCUGUUUUGGCAAAUAUUUAUUUAGACGGAACGUGCACAGACGAUAUCUGUAUCCCAAAUAACAUACUAUACACUAUGCAUACAACGAUCUAGUAUAUGAAUUUCAGAAGAAUAGUACAGGGCUCUCAAAUCUCACGCAUUGGGCGUGAGACACACGCAUUUCAACCCGUCCACACGCUCACACGCCACACCUUGUAUUUCUAACGCAGAGAAAUUUCCAGGAUAACGCCCAUCACGUUGCGCCGAGGAAUCAAGUGAGUUCUCCAAAGAGUUCAGUAGGACCUGCCACGCACCAGCUAACCAAAUAAAAAAUAAAGCUACCAAGCAGCCAAUCAGAAAUAUUAUGAAAUAUACAGAAAUAGCAUUGCUGUAUCUGGGUAAGAUUAAGAUAUUCCUGCAUCAACAAUGUUUACCAGGGCCGGCGCCAAGAGGGGUUGUUAUGCGAGGGGAUCACAUGAGACAGUUUAAUUAAAUUCAUGUAAUACAUAAACAAAAUAAUUAAUAAAAAGUUUUUAGUUUAAAAAUUUUAGAUUAAGUAGCUACAGAAGAGGACAGCUGUCGCAUUGAUUCACAUGUCGUCAAAGUCGCUACAGACUGAUUCAGAAAGAAAAAAAAUCCAAAUUAUUAUGUAGCAAUAAUUAGAAGAAAUAAUUAAUACUAUGCAUUGUCUGGAUAAAAUAUAAAGAAAUAGCCUAGGCCAGUGGUUCCCAAACUGGGACACGUGUACCCCUGGGGGUACGCCAGGUGAUGGAGGAGGAACGUAAACAAAAUGCUGAAAUCUACUGUUAACUUAAUUAUACGCACCGGACAUUCAUCCAGGCAUGUUUUUCUCAUAACCUAAAUAUAAAGACGUGCUCCCUCUAGUGUACACACAGCAAAAAAGUAGUCAGGUAGUGCCAUAAAAGGUCAAAUUCAUGACAUCCAAUCAAAAAAUAUGCGUCCACUCAAGUGUGAUGCUUAAGCGCACGUCUUUACGUACCCUAUGAAAUUCGACUGCACUUGGCUUGGAACGAAGCAACAACGACAGCUUGUUGAAUUAAAAUGGAUAAGUGGUUGCAAAGAUUAAGGCCUGCUGCCACAGAAAGAAAAUCAACUCCCCGCAGCUCGGAUGAUCCACAGUCCUCUGACUUCACCCCGGGUCCCUCCAACAGCACUUCGGCUGAAGGUGUAAAUCCACCACCCGCUCCUGUUGACACCGAUACAGAUAGCGGUGCAUCGGAGACUACAGCGCAAUUCAGGUUCAGCAGUUCACAGAAAAACGAUCAAAAAGGCUUCCCGCCUCCUUCCUGUGGUGCCGAAAGCCGGGAAGAAAGAGAGACAUGCUGUCGGAGAGUCCUCGCUGCCGAGUGGCCACGCGGUGCCGGAGAGUUCGAGGCGCGGGUGAAGGGCGUCUGCCAGUGGCUGCCCGAAGUGGUGGUUCUGGAGAAGAGGAGGAGCCAUUGUGGGCCGCCAAAGCUUCGGUGGGACGGCGAUAUUUGUUGCCAUGCCCCUGGGUGGAGGUGGGGUGGCUAUCGUCCAAGCGGGAGCGGGGGAGUUGCCACCGUCCGCCAGAGGCCUGUGUCCGUCUGCCCAAGUGGGAGGAGCAGGGGGCGGAAGAGCCGAGGACGGCCACCAGAGGCCGGAGCCCGUCUCUGUCAGCUCAAUCAUCACUAUAAUAAUAAUGAAACUCAAUACAAAUUCUGUCAAACAGGAGCACAGAAAGGUGUUGGUUUUGGGAUAAAUCAGGGCCAGAAUUGAAAUUAACUUUUGUUUAUAUUUGGUUCAGCUCUGAUUUAUUUGCCUGUGGCCCAAAUCUGGCAAACAGGAGCGGACCACACAAGUGCCAUCAUUCCACGCGGUAUGUGGGCCAGAUGAGUAAAGUAUGGGGAGUAGGGUGUGGCAAAAAUUGGCUAUCUGGGUUUGGUGUUUCAUUUAUUUAUGUGAUUAUUCACGUUUACACAGGACAUCAAAUCAUUUUUUAUGAUUAAAUAUAGAAAAAGAUAUGGGGCAAAAAAUCCCUUCCACGCAUUAAAAAUACCAGACUUCCACUUCAUUUUCUAUUUAUUUUUAUGUUAUUUUAUUGAGAAUCCAGAUUGUAAUUCUCUACUAGUGAACACUAUUACUACUAUAACUAUUUCUGCCAGCAACAGAUUUUAACAUGAUAUCAAGGUAGGAAGAAGUUCCACCAUGUCCAGACGACCGACAGAUGCCCCUCCCCAUGCCCAUCCCAAGGUAGGAAGAAGUUCCACCAUGUCCAGACGACCGACAGAUGCCCAUCCCCAUGCCCAUCCCGAGGUAGGAAGAAGUUCCACCAUGUCCAGACGACCGACAGAUGCCCAUCCCCAAUUUGAGAUUACACCAGAUACAGCUGCAGACUGACUGACCAUCCCAGCUCCAUCUAAGGCAAUUCCACCAGCUGCCAAGAGAAAUAUGACCAUCGGACCAUCCCAGCUCAGACCACUACAUCCCCAACCAAGAGCAAAGACGGACUAUUUGUCUUAAUAAUGCUGAAGUUACAAUAUUUGGUAUUAAAUGCUAAACUAAAAUCACAUGUCACCAGUCUGAGUGCAGCUAUGACACGUCAGAGGGGAUCUGGUCCUCCCGGUUGAGCCUGGUUUCUCCCGAGGUUUUUUUCUCCAUUAAUCAAUCAUUGGAGUUUGGGUUCCUCGCCACAGCAGGGCAGUGUUGGCCUGCUCACCGGGAGACUGCAUUCAUUCAUUUAUUUAUUUAUUUAUUUAUUUAGAAAUUAGAUGUUAUUUAUUAGAAUGAACUUACUCGUUGUAUAAAUACCAUGCACUGUGCUGUGUUUUAACUUUUCUGUUUUUCCUGUUUG